AUGGACAAGCCCAGCAAACCCAUCCAUGGGCCCGCUAAACCCAUCCACGGCCCACCGCCACCGCAGCUCGUCGGACCACCGGGAUUUGGCUGCCCACCGCCAGAGGAAGAGGAUGAGAGGGCACCACCAGGUUCCAGGCUCUCCUCGCGCACGCCGCCACGCCGGAGGAAAGAAGGCGACCGCGUCGCCCCCGCACGGAUCCGGCCCCCGGCCACCGGAACCGUGCUGUCCGCGUCGCGUCGUGCGAGAUUGGAGGGAGGGACGCCGCCACCGGAGGGACCCACGUCAGAGUUGGAGGGCGCGUCGCCCCCGCACAGAUCCACCCCCCCGGCCACCGGAACUGUGUUAUCCACGCCGCACCGUGCGAGAUCUGGAGGGAGGGGCGCCGCCACCGGAGGGACCCGCGUUGGAGUUGGAGGAAGCAGGUGA